AUGUCCGAUAAGCUCACCCGUAUCGCCAUCAUCAGUUCAGACAAGUGCAAACCAAAGAAAUGCCGACAAGAAUGCAAGAAGUCCUGCCCCGUCGUUCGAAGUGGCCGUCUUUGUAUCGAAGUGGACGCUACGUCCAAGAUCGCUUUCAUCUCAGAAAAUCUUUGCAUCGGUUGUGGUAUCUGCCCAAAGAAAUGUCCAUUCGGAGCUAUCAAUAUCAUCAAUCUGCCAACCAAUCUCGAGUCGCACGUCACACAUAGAUACUCGGCCAACAGCUUCAAGCUUCAUCGCUUGCCGACCCCUCGACCAGGUCAAGUUCUAGGCUUGGUUGGUUCCAACGGUAUUGGAAAGAGUACAGCCCUGAAGAUUUUGAGUGGAAAGUUGAAGCCCAACUUGGGAAGAUAUGACAACCCCCCGGACUGGCAGGAUGUGAUCAAGUACUUCAGAGGUUCCGAGUUACAAAACUAUUUCACCAAAAUUCUUGAGGAUGAUUUGAAGGCUAUAGUCAAGCCACAAUAUGUCGAUCGUAUUCCAAGGGCAAUCCGAAGUGCCGACAAGACGGUUCGAACACUCAUCGAAGCGCAAGCUUCAAUGGACAACCUGGAAGAAGUCCUUGAUGUUCUAGAACUCAAUCACAUCAUGGACCGAGAUGUGAAUCUUCUGUCUGGUGGAGAGCUUCAACGAUUCGCCAUUGGUACUGUCUGCGUGCAGCAAGCUGAUGUCUACAUGUUUGACGAGCCUUCUUCUUACCUAGAUGUAAAGCAACGUUUGAGUGCAGCAAAGAUUAUCCGAUCACUUUUGCGCCCAGACGACUACGUCAUCUGCGUGGAGCACGAUCUCUCUGUACUCGAUUAUCUGUCUGAUUUCAUUUGCGUUCUGUAUGGCAAACCAGCUGUCUACGGUGUUGUCACUCUCCCGGCAUCGGUCCGUGAAGGUAUCAAUAUCUUCCUCGAUGGAAACAUUCCAACGGAGAAUCUCCGUUUCAGAGAGGAGUCUUUGACUUUCCGCAUUGCUGAAGCUGCUGAUGAGUUUAUGGCCGACCGAUCACGCGCAUUUACUUAUCCGAAGAUGGAAAAGACUCUAGACACUUUCCACCUUCAAAUCGAAGAGGGUGACUUCACCGACUCGGAAAUCAUUGUCAUGAUGGGCGAGAACGGAACUGGCAAGACGACAUUCUGUAAAAUGUUGGCUGGUGCUUUGAAGCCCGAUGGCGAUCAAAAGGUGCCUGGAAUGAAGGUUAGCAUGAAGCCUCAGAAGAUUACGCCAAAGUUCGAGGGCACAGUUCGACAGCUAUUUUUCAAAAAGAUCAAGACCGCAUUCCUUCUUCCCCAAUUCCAAACUGAUGUCGUCAAGCCUUUGAAGCUCGAGGAAUUCAUUGACCAGGAAGUCAAGACCCUCUCAGGAGGAGAACUGCAACGAGUGGCCAUUGUCCUUGCCCUUGGUCUCCCCGCCGAUAUCUACCUCAUCGAUGAACCUUCCGCCUACCUCGACUCCGAGCAACGUAUCAUCGCCGCACGCGUUAUCAAGCGCUUCAUCAUGCACUCUAAGAAGACUGCCUUUAUCGUUGAGCACGAUUUCAUCAUGGCCACCUACCUUGCCGAUCGAGUUAUCGUCUUCGACGGCGAGCCAGGAAUUAACGCCCGCGCCAACACCCCCGAGUCGCUCCUUACCGGUUGCAACAAGUUCCUGAAGAACCUCGAUGUCACCUUCCGCCGUGAUCCAAGCAAUUACCGUCCUCGUAUCAACAAGCUCAAUUCGCAGCUUGACCAGGAACAGAAGUUAGGUGGUAAUUACGUAAGUUUCCAAACCCAAGAGCUCUACUUGUCAAAAAUGCAUCUACUGAUAUGGUGGCGUUCUAGUUCUUCUUGGAAGAGGACAAGUCAACGAGUAGUUGAAGAGGGCCAACCAAAUGAUUCAAUCCCGUCUGUAAAUAAUGCAUCGGUCGGCGUUAAUGGGGUAGCAUUGCAACAAAAUGGGCACACUGGGGCACAAGGUCUUCUAGAUGAAGAAGGUGCCAACGACGAAGACGAGCCAGAUGACUAA